AUGAAUUUCCUUCCCGCAAGUUUCUCCAUCUUUCUUCUUGCUUCAGAGAAAGAGCAGACUGGGGAGCACAGUUCAGUUUGCACCUCUUCUAGAACGGAGAUCUCGGAGUUUCCCAUCUUCCUUUUCGCCACCGGGAGCCUGGGUCACUCUCUUCUUCCGCCUAGUUGGCAUAGCUCAUCAUUUCCACUCCCAGACGUGGGCCCUAAAUGUAAAAUCUAGCAGAAGGCAAUGACCAAACAGUGAGGGGAAGAGACUCUUUGCCUCUUUAGUGUUGGCCCUUAAGGAACCGCCUGUCUUUGCACUUGGUCACUGGACUCUUGCGCUGUCCUGCAGCUCUCUAGACCGAGGAAGUCCUCUUUUCCCACCAACUUCCCUCUGCCUGGUGUCGGCACUUUUAGAACCGCACUACAGUCUGCACCUUUGAUCUAGUACAUCCUGAAGGCUUUGGGAUUCGCUUUUGGGGAAGCAGCAUCCUCUAGAUCCCGCUGCCCUGGCCUCGGGACCGGGCGGACGCCUUUCUUUUACCUCACUCACCCCUGCGCUGCACCUCUUAAAAGCCCGCAGCCUCCUUUGCGCGCCCACGAGGAUUGCUGCUCCGGCUUCUCGGUCUGCUUUCCCGAGCCCCUGUUGGAAAACAUUUGGCUCGUUCUCUGGAUAACUUUGAUCAGAACUUUUGUUUUAGCCCUGCUGCGGCAAUCUCACGAAAGUUCUUCUUUCACACCGUCUUCUUCGUUUCCGAUCUCUGAUAAACCCACCCGGACGGAUGUUUCACCCUCUUUUAAAGUGGAGGUGUUCGAAUGAGUUCGAUAAGUCCAUUGGAAUAUUAAGCCCGGGAGUAGCUUUGGGGACGGCUGGAGGUGCAAUGUCUUCCAAGUUCUUCCUAAUGGCUUUGGCCACAUUUUUCUCCUUCGCCCAGGUUGUAAUAGAAGCUAAUUCUUGGUGGUCACUAGGUAUGAAUAACCCUGUUCAGAUGUCGGAGGUCUACAUCAUAGGUGCGCAACCUCUCUGCAGCCAGCUGGCGGGACUUUCUCAAGGACAGAAGAAGCUCUGCCACUUGUAUCAGGAUCACAUGCAGUACAUCGGAGAAGGUGCGAAGACGGGCAUUAAAGAGUGUCAGUACCAGUUUCGACACCGAAGAUGGAACUGCAGCACAGUGGACAACACCUCUGUCUUUGGCAGGGUGAUGCAGAUCGGCAGCCGAGAGACGGCCUUCACAUAUGCAGUGAGCGCAGCUGGGGUGGUGAAUGCCAUGAGCCGUGCAUGCCGUGAGGGCGAGCUGUCCACCUGUGGCUGCAGCCGCGCUGCGCGCCCCAAGGACCUGCCUCGGGACUGGCUGUGGGGCGGCUGUGGGGACAACAUCGACUAUGGCUACCGCUUCGCCAAGGAAUUCGUGGAUGCACGGGAACGGGAACGAAUCCAUGCCAAGGGCUCCUAUGAGAGUGCGCGUAUUCUCAUGAACCUACACAAUAAUGAAGCAGGCCGUAGGACAGUAUACAACCUGGCAGACGUAGCCUGCAAGUGCCAUGGAGUGUCUGGCUCAUGUAGCCUCAAGACAUGCUGGCUGCAGCUGGCGGACUUCCGAAAGGUGGGCGAUGCCCUCAAGGAGAAGUAUGACAGCGCAGCAGCCAUGAGACUGAACAGCCGCGGCAAGCUGGUGCAGGUCAACAGCCGCUUCAACUCCCCGACCACGCAGGACCUGGUCUAUAUCGACCCAAGCCCAGACUACUGUGUGCGCAAUGAGAGCACGGGCUCGCUGGGCACACAGGGCCGCCUGUGCAACAAGACCUCAGAGGGCAUGGACGGCUGUGAGCUCAUGUGCUGUGGUCGUGGUUACGACCAGUUUAAGACGGUGCAGACUGAACGCUGUCAUUGCAAGUUUCACUGGUGCUGCUAUGUCAAGUGCAAGAAGUGCACGGAGAUCGUGGAUCAGUUCGUGUGCAAAUAGUGGUGUGCCUGCCUGCCCAUCCCUCAGCCCCAUUCCCAGGACCCACUUAUUUAUAGAAAGUACAGUGAUUCUGGUUCUUUUUAUUUUCCCCCAAGAAUUGCAGCUGGAACCAUAUUUUUGUUUCUGUUACCAUCUAAGAACUCUGUGGUUUAUUAUUAAU